AUGGCUUUACAUAUUUUCAAGACACGGAUUCUUGUGAUUAUUGGGUCUUUAGUUGCCCUUUUUAUGCUUAUUUCCAAAUCUUCUGUUCAAGAGGUGGCACACAGCGUCAAUGUUCCGGAACUGGAUAUCGAUCUCUCGCAUAUCAAGCAUGACUCGAUGGAGAUGUUGAAGGAAAUCACAGUCCAUGAGGAGCCCAUUGUGGACCUGCCAUGUACAAUUACAAAUAAAAAGACCAACCAAUUUUAUGAUUUGACUCCAUUGUCAAGUAUUGAUGGAAAUGUUCAAGCGUGGAAUUCCAAGGGAUUCGACUAUGGACGUAAUUUCUCCCUCGGAAUAUGUUCUUCACCUCUGAAAAACAUUGGAGCCUUGACAAGUUUGGAUUUUGUCGAUGUCUCCAACAAGAGCGAAGUUGGAGGAUAUUAUACAAACAGCGAGGGACAUAAGGUAUCCAUUGGACAAUACAAUUCAGAAUUAAAGUUGAGAGGAGGGAAUCUAGUUUUGGAAUAUUCCAAUGGUGAUAUAUGUGGCAGUGGGUUACCUAAGAGUACCCUAUUGACUUUCAAAUGUGAUCGAGAAAUGCAAAGUAAAGCUAGAGUUUCAUAUUUAGGUAAUAUGUUUAAUUGCAGUUACAUAUUUGAAGUUCGUACAAUUCACGCGUGCGCUACAGCGCAUAAUGAGGAUGAAAAUGCAGUUUGGGGGUUAUUUAUUGGGAUUUUAUUUGUAUUUGCAUUAGUAUCUGCAUGUGCAGGGACUCUUUAUAAGAUCAUCAAGCGGCACUACGAAAGGGCAGUUAAGAAGUAA